GGCCAAAAAAUACGAAUUCAUCCUUGGGAUGCUGGCAAAUGGAUCGAACUUUCGGGCUGUUGGCGGCUCCGUUAUUCAGUCGGCCACCAACCUCCGACGACCAAGCAUGGCCCACCGAGCGCCCACGACCCGCGCACCGCCCAACGGCCCGGACGGGUUUCCGCCAAUGCACAUGCUGCAAGCCAUGCUCAACCAAGCGCAACGCUCCGUCGACAAGCUCAACAAGAUCAACGACAAGAAGAGAAACGGCGACAACCACGCAAGCGACGACGAUGACGAUGCAUCGGACGACGACGACGCAUACGACGACGACGGCAACGCUAACGAGCGCCUCGACAUGUUUGGCAACCCGAUGCCCCGGGCCACGCGCCGCAAGCCGGCGUCGGCGGCGCGCCUCACGCUGCGUCUCAAGCAAAUGUUUGUGCCCCGGCGCUGCGAAGUGGUCGACUGCGACCUCGACGGCGCCGAUGUCAAGCCGUGCGCCAAGUGCCGCUGCGUCUUUUACUGCGGCCGCGACCACCAGCGCCAGGACUGGGCCCGCCACAAGAUCGACUGCAAGCACAUUGCGAGCCUCGGCCUCUCGGGCAUCCCGUACGACGAAGACGAAGAGCUCGAGAAGUUUCCAUUUGACGUGUUUCCCGUCGUCAACUCGACGGUCGACACGUGCUUUGUCUGCGGCGCCGGCGAGAGCGAGGUGCAUUUGGGCGUCACCGAGUGCUGCGGCCUCGUCGUUUGCGACAACGAGCACGAGUACCUCAUGGGCAGCUACAGCCGCAAGCACUGCUGGCGGUCGCACGGAAAAUAUACGACCUGCGGGUUUCACAAGAAGGAGGGCCACGGUCACCCCGACUGGCGCACGUGCCCGCACAUGGAGUGCGUCAAGCAGCGCGAGAACCGGUCGGACCCGCGCGGCGGCGGUGGCGGGCGGAGCUGGUACGCGACCAACGGCUUCAACGCGACGCCGAUGCUCGCCUCCGACAUUCCCAAAGGCAGCAUGCUCACGGGCAAGUGCGCGACGUGCCCACGCCGCAUUGCCGACGGCUGGGACAACGUGGCGAUGACCAAGGAUGGCACACUCUGCACUGUCUGCGGCAAAGUGCCUCCCGGCGCGCCCCCGGGUGGUGUGUCGUUCCAACUGCGCUAAGUGGUCUCGCCACUCAACGAUCCAACUAUCCAAGUAUCCAAGAACCGCAAACACGAUACGUAUUAGCCUACGACGUCGCUACUCGAUCGGUUUGCUCAAUGCUCCAUGAUACCACGUGCCUUUGUUUCGGGCAGCCACUUGUAAAACACAGCCAAGCAGACUGCGUACGUCAAGCCAUAGCCACCAAAGGUCGCGCCGACCCCAAUGCUCUCAAAGAGCGAGAGCAUCGUGCCGUUGAUGAGGAGCGAGAACGCCGACAUGGCGAACGUGCAGUAGCUCAUGUAGCGCGCGCGGACCGCGCCAUGACCAAACAUCUCCGAGACGAUGAGCACAAAGAGGAGGCCCGGGCCGCACGUUUGAAAGACGACGAGGAGCGCGAGCGCCAGAAUGAGCACGUUCGAAGCUGCCGAGUGCGGCGUGUCGAUCGACGGUACAAAUUCAAAGAGCACAAAGCAGGCGAGAAAGGCGACGACGACGACCGUGUGCGUCACGAGGUAGAUGUGGCGCCGCGAGUACUUGCGCACGAGGAACACCAUGGCAA